CGGGGCGCUCCAGCUGACAAGAGUCGGGUUGGCCGCGCCCACCCGGUCGCCAUGGAGCUGCCUCCGGGGCCGCGCGAGGUCCCCAACGCCUGGGACGAUGACUCGGAAGCGGAGCCGGAGUCCGACCCCGAUGCACAGGCCGAGGCUUACGUGGCCCGCGUGCUGGGUCCGCCGAAAUGUGAGCCGGAGCCCCCGCGCGUCCCUCCGCGGCCCGCGCCGGCCGCGUUCGCCGGAUCCCUGGCUGCGCGCAAAGGACCGGACCCGGGGGUCCCGGGCCUGCUGAGCCUGCCCCCCGAGCUGCUGCUCCAGAUCUGCGCCUACCUGGACGCGCGCCUCGUGCUCCACGUCCUGCCGCGCGUGUGUAACACGCUCCGCGACCUCGUGCGCGACCAGGUCACCUGGAGGCUCCGUGCCCAGCGCCGGGUCCGCGCGCGCUACCCGGUGGUGGAAGAGGAGGAUUUUGACUGGCCGGCCGCCUGCAUUGAGCUGGAGCAGCAUUUGGCACGCUGGGCCGAGGACGGGCGCUGGGCCGAGUACUUCUGCCUGGCCAACGGCCACAUCGCCUCCGUGGACUCGGUGCUGCUCCUUGAGGGCGGGUCGUUCUGUCUAUCGGGCUCCCGAGAUCGCAAUGUGAACCUGUGGGACCUUCGGCAGCUCGGGGAGGAGCCAGGCCAGGCGCUGGUCAAGGCUCUGGGCUCCCAGCCCCACAGCACCCACAAGGGCUGGGUUUGGUCGCUGACGUCCUUGGACCACCUCGUGUGCUCGGGCUCCUGGGACAGCACCAUGAAGCUCUGGGACAUGGAUGCCGGCGGGCAGCAGUUCGGCGAGAUCAAGGGCAAGGCCGCUGUGCUGUGCCUGUCCUACCUGCCUGACAUCCUGGUGGCCGGCAGCUAUGACAAGAAAGUGUCCGUCUAUGAUCCCAGAGCGAGCCCGGCGCUGCUGCACAGCCAGCGGCUGCACUCGAGCCCGGUGCUGGCCCUGCUGGCCGACGAGCGGCGCAUCGUGUCGACCAGUGAGGACCACACGCUGGUGGUGUUCGACCGCCGCAAGCACGGGGUCCUGCAGCGGCUGCAGCUCGACUCGUACCUGCUGUGCCUGUCCUACCUGGAGCCCCAGCUCUGGGCGGGCGACAACCAGGGUGCCCUGCACGUCUUCGCCAACCACCACGGCUGCUUCCAGCACUUCCGGUCCUUUGACGUGGGCCAUCGCUCUCAGAUCACAGGGAUCAGACACUCUCUGGGCACCCUGUACACCACGUCCACCGAUAAGACCUUCCGGGUCCACUUGCCCACCGACCCCCCCAGGACCAUCUGCACCCGCAGCCACGACAACGCGCUGAAUGGGAUCUGUGCCGAUGGCAACCUGGUGGUGGCCGCCUCGGGGGGCCUGUCGCUCGAAGUGUGGCGGCUGCAGGACUGAGAAAGGACACUGGAUGCCACCUGCCUCUCUUCUCGGGGGACCAUCCCCCACAUUGGUGCUCCCUUCCUCUGCCCGCCCCACAGGCCUAGGGCAAAAGGACUCCAGGCCACAUGCCUGGGAGGGCCCUUGGGCUGGUCCCUGUGCCACAGGAGGGCAGAGAAUGGCCAGCCCUCCCAGGGGGCUGCACACCCCUGCCCCACGCCCUACUUUGGUUAUGGAUUCCCCAGGCUCUCUUGAACAGGAAGGAGAAAUAAACGGUUGUAUUGUUG